UGCUAGGGUGGUAGUGCCUAACUCACACGCCGCGUCUGUUAGCCACCCAUUACCUCCACGCCUCAGCCGCUUCCUCGCUAUUAACAACACCAUGACAUACGUGGAGGCGGAGAGAGAACGGGAGGAGGGAGGAGGGAGGGAAAAUAAGCUAGGAGGGGCGCAGGAAGGGAGUCAAGUUUACAGGCGCGGAAGAAAACUGAGUCAUUUUAAGCUUCGUACGUCGGCGAUCCACACGUCUGUUGUCUCAGUGCAUAUUGUCUCGGCUUCCCAGAGCGCGCCACACGCUUCCCACGGAGGUUCCUGAGGCCUCCAAAGGGUCAUAAGGACGUAAUAAGGACUUGGCAGGAUUUUGCUGUUCAGAUUUUGUUUCGUUUCAAAGUUCUCCUGGUGCUUGUCAAGAUUUCCAGGUUCUUUAGACACUGGAUCUGACUCUUAUCCAGACUUCCAGCGCUUUGUCAACAUGUCCAGGUUGUAAAGAUGCUGGAAUUUUCUCUUAUCAAUACUUCAAGCAUCUAACAAUUCCAGUACUCAAGACUCCCAGGUAAAUGAGUCGCUGGAUCUGCCAUUUAUCCAGACUUCCAGCAUUUGAGGAUUCCAGUACUUCGUCAAGACUUCCAGUGAUUUGUUAAGAGAAAAGGGUCAGUCUUUCCGAGAACUUACAGCACUAGAAAAAAAAAAAGCAAAGAACCAGAUUCCAGAGUGUUUCAGAAAAUACUGGAUCUCUUUCUUUUUGGACAUGAUCGGGUCUUAUGGAAGUCUCCUCGAGUGAAUCAGUGAAACCAAUAAGAGAAAAGACUUCAGACGACCUUCCAUCUGCUGCCUCACAACCUUCACCUUCCUGGAAACCACACAGAAACCUCACAUUCCUAAAGGUUGCAAGAGGAAUCGAGGAACGUUCAAAGGCAGCUGUUAAAAUCUUCCCAAAGGCUUCCAGGCAGUAAAGAGACACCCUGAGGCUUCAAAACGUAUCACACCCAAGCUUCCAGUCUGUCACGAGGCCUUCCAGAGCUUCUUUCACCACAACAAGAAGGUUUCAUGUGACUUUUGAAGCUGACAAGAUUUCCAGGGGAAUUUGUCAGUUAAGCUUCGGUUCUUUCUACACAAGACGAUCCAUUUUGUAGAGAAAGAGAAUCCAGAGACAAGAAGUAGGAAUCCAGUGAACUUAAGAGAUUUCCAGGGAUAUUCCAGUAACUUUCGAGACCAAGUGAAGCACAGACGGAAAAAUGGCGUGGAAGAACAGUAGAAUAAUGCUGGUGGUGAUGGCGGUGGUGGUCUGCGCAGGCGAGGUCACAGCAGAAGGGCAGGGAAGAGCUUUUUCUUCCUUCUUCAGCUCAAAACUUGACGACCUGUACAAGCUGCGCCAGUCACUACUAGACGCCGCAGUGACCACUACAACCACCACAACAACCACACCCGCCACCACCACCACUACCACCACCACUACCACCACCACCACCACCGCCACCACCACCUACCCCUCCACCUUUGGCUGGUCAUCUCGAGGGGAAGGCAACUCAGCUUUCCAGGGACUUCUCAGCUUAACAGAGGACGUGGAUGACCUUCAGCUUGACCCGUCACCUGAGUCUAGGGCUGAUGACGGAGAGGCGGAGGGCUGGAACGACAAUAAUAUUUUACAGUCUGUCAUUUGGGCUUUACACAACUCCCUUCAGGUUCCAAAAGUAGGGGAUGAAGAGCCAGAAGACCAAUGGGUGAGGGUGAAAGGGAUUUAUGAGAACAUGAGGUCCAUCCUGCAGGAGAUGUACCAGACGGAAGACGACGACCCCACUCCAGGACUCCUUCUGCUGGACCGCCUGAUAUCCUUCGGGGACUACAUGCAUUUUCUAAGGGACGUGGUGAGUUCCUUCGAGUCUGACCUCCUGGAGUACCUGUCAGCGAAGUGGAGUGAUGUCAAGGCGUCCCUCAUCCACACACAUCCACUCCUGCGUGUCGUGUUGUCCUCCAGCGCAAAGGAGUUAGGCUGGAGUAUCCUAGCGGUGGUGCUGCGUCAGUUUGGAAGUGUCCUUCACCGGCAGGCAUUCACGCACAUCAGGGAAAUUGAGUUCGUGAUUGAGCUCAUGAGGUCCUCUGGAUUUAAAGAAGAAGAGGUGCGUGAAGUAUUCGGUCUCUUGGGCCUCCCUACGACGGCUCUUGAUGGCGAUGUGGCAGAGUCCAGACAGUUGGCUGGGUAUGGCGCCUACACACUUGACAAAUCAGGAGGGUAUGGCCACUCAGGAGGGUAUGGCGGUGGUGGAGGGUAUGGGCAAAUGGGAGGAGGAUAUGGGCACGUACAGAGCUUUGAUCCCUUCGUCCUCCUGGCUGGUCUGGCCUUUGCUACCUUCCUGGCGUACCUAAUCUACCGGCUCCUCUCCACCACUGCUACAACCGCAGGAGGGAGGGAUAUGCCUGAAAUGGCUUCGACUCUUGACCUGUCUGACGUGCCUGUGUUCAUGGGGAACCUGUACUCGUGGCUGGAGGGAACCAAGGGGCGGUACGAAUACGAAGCCAAGAGCCUCCAGGAUGAGGGGAGGAACCUGAGCUGGGCCGCCAAUCACCUGUGGGAGAGUUACAAGGUGGACAGACUCUCCCGCGGCUGCGUCAGGAGGUUCUUGUGUGACUAUGUGACCUCCGCCCGUGACCCCGCGACCUCCACAGCCGCCUCCGUGGAGAACCUCGCCCUAACCAGCCUCGCCCAGCUCUUCGGUGAGGAAAAGACAGCUGCCUUCCUGGACCACCUCUCCUCUGAUCUAGUGGAGGGCAGGAACGUCAGGUGUGAGGUCUUAGCGCCCAAGUGUGACGAUGAGGCUUACAGGAUGACGUCACGCCCCCUAGAUGCCGCUGACGGACUGCAGAACACGACGAAGAAGGCGCUGGUGGAGGAGUGAUGAUGGCUGUGUGUGUGUGUGUGUGUGUGUGUG